AUGAGAUCAUCCCCAUCUAGAUGGGCCACGGGGUCAACGCGGGACCCACGCAUCGGUGCCGCGGGGCCGGUCGGCGGCGGGAUCCGAGGCGAGGGCGGCGCGCCCGCGACUGGUGAGGCCGGAAACGGGGCGGCGCGGGGCGGAUCCUGCCGGAGCUGGAAGGAGCGGCGCGCUCCGGCGAGCUACACCGACGGGGAGGCGCGGGAAUGGUCGGCGGCGACGGCGAGCGGGAUCCAGGCAGCGAGGCGCGGGCGAGCUUUGGGCGGGGCGGCGACCGGGCAGUGGCCAGAGGACGGUGAGGGGCGCGGGCUGAGAGGUGAGGCCGGGUGGCGCGGCGGCGCGCCGGCGGCGGCGGCGGCGAACGGGAGGAGCUCCUCUCCUCCCUCUGGCUCGGGACGAGGAACGGGGGCGCGGGCGCCUUGGGCGCGCGGCGGCGGCGCGGACGGGCCGAGCGGGCCUGCCGGGCCGCGGCGCUAG